AUGGAAGAUACCCGUUAUGCCAUCCGCCAGGGCCGCAUCUUGGCCAACGAAGGACUCGACGAGCAUGCGGUGGAGACAUGGAAGGAGGCGCUGAGUGGCGCGUAUGCCUCACAGGACUAUGCAGGAAUGUUUGUGCUUUCCGGGAACAUCGGUGAAGCCUGUGUGCAGAUUGCAAUGCAGUCAAAGGGAAGUCCCACGGCGUCGAAGCUGCUGCAGGAGGCCGUGCAAAAUCUGGACUACGCGUUGCAAAUAGUGGAGCAGUGCUCACUCCGGGACGUUCUGGGGGGAUAUCGAGUGCUGUAUCAAGGGGUGAGGCGGGCAGAGGCACUGAAGAGGAAAGCGCAGAAGCUGAUCAACACACUGCAGUCGGUGGAAAAGGAGACAAAGCGGGAGGUACCGCCAUGCACGACGUGUGAAGGAGCUGAAAAGGAGGCUAUCCUGGACGAGAAUGACGGAUGUUACUACUGCAAGAGGUGCUUUGAUGAGUACUAUGCUACUACUCCGGUUCCGGACGAUUUGGUCUGUGACGAGAAGAAGAAGAAGGUUGAUGCAGGAGGUGUGGAUAUGGAGGAUAGAGCGCUGCACGGCUGGGGGACAGCUCAGCGUGACGACAAAGACGACGGUGGUGCUGAGGUUGUUGUAUCCGACGUGAGCCCGAAGAGUAAAUUAGUUGAAGCAACCGAAGCUGCUCCAGUAAGCAGGGAUACACAGAUGGCGAAAGUUGCACGGGACGAGAUUAGUGAAAUAGCACAGGUUCAGGCAAACACUGCUGAUAAAAUGACGCAGGAUCGCGUUCGAUAUGAGCGUGUGGAGCUGGGAUCGCUGGCCGAUAUUCUGGCAGGAAAGCUCAACUCGGAGAAUGCAUCGCAUGAGCUCGAGGACCAGGCUAACACUAGUGACGCUGGAGUGUUUUUGACAAAGUCGCCGUCAGAAGAAGCUAGCGAGGAAUUUGUUGCCAACACCGAGGAUCGGACCAAUGAAACAAAACGCUCAGCAAAAUCGGAUAGUACCCCUGACAAACUCGAGUACUCGAUUGCCCAGCUGCUAGGAAUUCGGAAGAUUUCGCCCAGAGAAUGUCCGAACACUCUUUUUAAGUCGCCGGUGCGCGACGACGGCACAACUCCAACUCCUGCUCACAUGAAACCCAACAACUCGCGGAAGAAGUCGAACGCGAAGAAGACGUCGAGAUCAGUGUCCUCACAUAGGCAGAACAAUGAGGACGCUACCGACCCCAGCCAAGCUGAGGGGGCUACGAAGCCGACUAUAUCACAACUGCCGACGCUGGAGUUGUGCGCUUCGAUGCGCAAGGCCUUGCUGGAGCACAAUGAGCAGCAGACGAGCAGCAGCGCCACUGUCGACAACCCGGUAGCCGCUGGAGCACUAUUGCAAGAGCAUCAGCGCUCCUAG